AUGUCGGAUACUGGGGCUUCAAACAAAGCCGACCAUCUCUGUGUACUGGUGCAUGGCCUGUGGGGUAAGCCAUCGCACCUUGACUACAUGGUAGCGGCGCUUAAGGAGAAAUAUGGAGAAGACCAUCUUCACAUUCUUUGUCCAGAAGGAAACAGCGGCAACUUCACCUACGAUGGAAUCGAGGUGGGUGGCGAACGCGUGGUGCAUGAGAUCGAAGACACCCUCGAAACAUUGGAAAACAAAGGGCAGAAGAUUACAAAAAUCAGCGUUGUUGGCUACUCUCUGGGAGGUCUGGUUGCUCGAUAUGCCAUUGGUUUGCUUCAAGCCCACGGAUGGCUGGAUAAAGUGGAACCCAUGAACUUCACUACAUUUGCCUCACCACAUAUCGGUGUGAGAACUCCCCUCAAGGGUGUAAGAGGACAGAUAUGGAAUGGAUUGGGACCACGACUGGUUUCUAUAUCGGGCCAGCAAUUGUUCAUGGUCGAUUCGUUCCGCGACACCGGGCGGCCCCUGCUUAGCAUCCUGGCCGACCCGGAGAGCAUUUUUAUCCAGGGAUUGAAGAGGUUUCAAAAUCGGAGUGUGUACGGCAAUGUUGUGAAUGACCGCACCACGGCAUUGUACACGACUUUGUUCACGAAAACGAAUCCCUUCCGGGACCUUGAAAAAAUAAAUAUCAAUUACGUCGAAGGUUAUGAGCAAGUUAUCGUUGACCCUGAUGAGUUCUUACUGCCGCUCACACCCAAGGAAACUGAGGAUUCUUCAUCCGAAACGUGGAAACAGACCAAAGAUUUUGUACAAAACAUGCCUUUUUACCUGCUUAUUUUGCUGUUGCUUCCUCCCGCUUCCACACUAUUCUGCAUCAAUGCUGCGAUUCAAACAUUCCGCAGCCAGAAAAGAAUUCGCCUGCAUGUGGAGGGCAAAAACGGUGCACUGUUUGGGAAGUACAAGGUACCUCUACUGGUGCGGGAUAUGCAACAAGUUAUGGACGAAGUCUUUGAGAAUGCCAAUGCUCGCGAAGAGCCUGCCUAUCUCUCGGGCUCUGACGGAGGGGGAUCGAAGCCGACUGGGUUUAAUUCAGACCCCUCGGCAGAUUCCCAACCUCCACCUAUUAGCCACGCACUAUCCAAAUUCCCGAAGCUUGCUCUAACGUCUGAUCAAUUCGACAUUAUUGAUUCUUUGAAUGAUGUGGGAUUCCGGAAAUAUCCCGUUUAUAUUCACAAACACCGACACACCCAUGCAGCUAUCAUUGUUCGAAUUCAAAAGGAAAGUUUCAACGAAGGCAAACUGGUCAUGAAACACUGGCUUGACAGUGGUUUCAUUGUAUGA